CGGCCGACUACCCGUUCGUGUUUCCAUCGUUCAAUGAACACGAAACGUGAAGCGAGUCAAACAUUGGAUAUCUAUCAAGCUGGAGAGCUAGUUCGUCUCACUUCCUAGAGUUCUACAAACAUCUCCACAGUUGGAUUCUACUAGCAAGUCAGACGUCAGAUCCAGAAUGAAGGCGAUCAGUCCCGUUCGUUCUGUCAGAAGCUGUUACGAAGCGGUGUGCUGCAUCUCGGAGCAGAGUCUGGCGAUCAGCCGCUGCAAAAGUCCCAUUGAGGAGCUGUCCGAUAUGAAUGACUGUUACUCAAAACUCAAAGAGCUGGUGCCUAGCAUCCCUCAGAACAAGUCCGUGAGCCAAAUGGAGAUUCUUCAGCAUGUAAUAGAUUACAUCUUCGAUUUACAGAUUGCACUGGAAAACGAGACGGACACACAAAACACGCCUGACAUGUUCAUGUCAAUGAAGAACUCAGAGAUGACCCGUAAUUUCUCCAAAGAGGAUGAAGCUAUGUGCCAUUAGGACUUCGGAAUGACAACGUUCAAUGGUGCGGGAUAGAAACUUUUCUCCUCCACUUAUGGAAGAAAAGAGAGUGAAGGGGUGAGCCGGGUGAAGGAGUGAGGCUCUAUUCAGAGUGUGGGAAAGCAAUCUGCGCCCCUCUCGAGCUGUCUAUUCUUUGGUCACUGGACACUUGAACAAACCAAAGCCGAGGAGUUUUUAAGAUCACAAAAAAAGAAAAGCCCUCCGAUUUUUUUCUUUAAUCAUUCCUGUUUUUUGUGGCAACAAUCAAGCAUUGUAUAUUUUGUACUGGCUACAUUCCUGACUAUUUGGACUAACUAAUAUCUCUUCACACACCCUUCCUUCCCAGCCAUUCUUGGAGAAUACACCCCCCCCUUUUUCUUCUUGAAAACAUUUCCACAUUUCAGCAUGGCUGCAGUUUGGUCUCAGUGAGCUUCUCGAUCACUGGGAUGAUGUACAUAUUGUGCUUGAGGGGAGUUUUUGUGUUAUAGGGUGGGAAGGGCCUUGGGCAGUGGGAAUACAGACGUGGAUUAGAAUUUGAACUCUAUAAUAUAGAGUGGAUUGUAUAUGUUUGUGGGGAUUGUCUAUUUCUACAGACUGUCAGAUCAACGAGUUUCAUAAACUCCUUUAAGAGUUGUUUUUUUUUGUUUGUUUUUUUGCUUUGUACUUACUCUUUUUACACAAGAAAAUAAAUCAUACAUGAAAGUGAGAAAUAUGUGGUUCAGUAUCUU